AGAAAAAAGGGUCGCAACGCUUUCCUUCUUUUCGUCUCUCUCUCUCUAGCUCUCAAUUUCUCUCUCCUCUGUUUGUUCGUCUUCAUCUCACUCUUGUGACAUCAGUUCUCACCGUUGAUUUUCGGAACCCUAAUUUUGAUGCUCGGACAAGCUCUUAUUCAGUCAAUUGGAUUUCUUGCUGAAUGCAGUUAGGGCUUUCUUGUUCUCUGUUUGAGGAGUUAUUGUUGCGGCUGCUUAUACUUUGUUGUUCGGUCGAGACUCACUGAAGGUUAGGGUUUUUGUUUGAAGCAGUAGAUGACUGCGAGACAAGGGAAUAGCUGAGAUCAAACGGGUUGGUUUUCAUCACCGGAUGGAGGGAGGUAGCGUCUCUACACUUACUUCUUCUGCAGAGAUAAACCCAUGGAUUAUGACGACAAUGACUUUCAAAGCCAGAAUCUUCAUUUAGCUGGUGAAGGAAGUGCCAAAUUUCCUCCUGUUCUUCGGCAAUAUGCUCUCCCAAAGUUUGAUUUUGAUGAUACCCUUCAAGGGCAUGUAAGAUUUGAUAGCUUGGUUGAACCUGAGGUCUUCUUAGGUAUUGAGAACAACGAAGAUAAUCAGUGGAUUGAAGAUUAUUCUCGUGGAAGUAGUGGAAUAGGGUUUAGUUCUUGUGCAGCAGAAUCUUGUUCUAUAUUGAGACGGAAAAAUGUUUGGUCUGAGGCCACUUCCUCUGAAUCUGUUGAAAUGUUAUUGAAAUCCGUUGGGCAGGAAGAUAUCAAUCUGGCACCAACAGUUACCGGGAAGUCAAAUGCUCGUGAAAAAUUGGACUACUUAACAAAUCCAAUGGACCCUACUUUAAAAGAUGACGGUAGUAGUUUCUGUGAAAUGGGCGAUUUACCAGAUAUAAGUCUUGAGGAAUUUCAUGUUGUUAAUGAGGACAUAGGAGGGGAGCAACAACAGCUUCAAAGGAUUGAUCCUACUGAGUUUGAAGAGACUCAGACUGUUGAUAGAAGUUUAGGCAAGGUUGAUCCUGGUGUCGCUCAUGAACUUGUAGACGUGCCAGAAAGUGAGGGAAGUCCUGGUAUUGAUGAAAACAGUAAGCAAACAUGUCCAAGUACAACCGAUACUUCAGCUGCCAUAUCCUUGGAAGAUAAAGGGCAAGAUGGUUUUUCUGAUUCAGGAAAGCAUAUAAAUGAUUUGGUUACGUGCACGCAUGAAGGCAGUGAAAAGUUGAGCAACCAGAAGAUUGAACAGAAAAUAAAAGAUCUGUGUGAGAAUCCAGUUAAUAAAUAUAUUGAGAAUACUGACCAAGUGGUCAAUUCACACGAGUUGAGUAAAGAUGACCAAAGCCCUCUUUUAUCACCCUCAGUUGCUACAGAAAGUUUGGUGAUCGAUUCUAGUAUUGCUAAUUUGCAGUCCCAUGCAAGUAUGACCUUGAAGGGGGAUUGUGUAUUCCAUUCAGGUAGUGGUGAGGUUACGUCGGAAGUUCCUGCUGAAAGUGGCAAGUUUGAUGAUAAGGUCUUGUGUACAAAUGUGGAGAUUGGGAAUCCGUCUGAAGCAAACAUGCAUGAGGUAUUACCUACGGUUAUUAAAGGUGAGGCUAGAUCUGAGGCGUGUGCAGGUGAGGCGAGAAACGUUAAUGCUGAAGUUUGUGCUUUUCAAGGGCCUAAGAGUGAUUCAGUUGAGCAGAUGGCUUGUGCACAGGAAAUAAUUGUUGAAGAUCAGCAGCAUUUUCCCUCGGGCAUUGAGAUACAAACUAGUAAGUCUGAGUAUUCUGCAUCUGCUAUGGAGGAAAAUGAUGCCUCCAAGGUUGGUGAAAGCAUCAGUGGUCAUAUCAGAGAUAUUCCUGAUAAAUUUCCUAAGGGUACACUUCCCUCGGAAGACUUGUAUUCUGAAGGCCAUUUGCCACCUACCACUGUGGCUGAGUCAACACAAUUAUGUGAAGAUAAUAAAUUGUGUCAGCCUGGUAAUGUCCUUGCUGAGCACGCCAGUGAAAAGGAAGGAGGGAUGUUGUCGUCUGAUUCACCCACCACUGUGGCUGAAUCAACACAAUUAUGUGAAGAUAAUAAAUUGUGUCAGCCUGGUAAUGUCCAUGCUGAGCACGCCGGUGGAAAGGAAGGAGGGAUGUUGUCGUCUGAUUCUCUUAGUGUGGAUGGCAAGAUUGCUGAGUCUCCUGUCGCAGAUAAGAGAAUCAUAUCCUUGUCUUUUCAAGAGAGUGGUGUAGAAAGUGGGAUGAUAAAUACAAAAUUAGAGUACAGUGCUAAUACCGGUGAUGAAUCAGUAUCGGUUUCUGCCUUCGACGACGUUACUGAGGCAGUAUGUGGUACAUCAGUGUCUUCCCUUGACGAUGCUACUGAGGCAGUAUGUGGCACAUCAGUUUCUACCUUUGAGGAUGUCAAUGUGAAAGCAUGUGGCACAUUACAGGGUGACUCCUUACCUCCAGUUGAUGCUUUGACAGACAGAAAAGACGCUGAUGACAAAGAGGACCAGUUGCAGCCUGCUCUGGUGGAGUUUACCCAAUCCGAUAGCAAAGAAGAAAGUGGUGUGAUGAUUCCUGCUGAAGGAAGACCUCCUCUGUUGGAUACUUCUCAACCUGUGGCGCUAUUUCAUCCUGUUUCUCAAGCUGAAAAAUCCGCUCAUGUCAUUACUGGCCAGGGAUUAGGUGAAAGUAUCGAUCAAUCUAUUUCAAAGGAUUUGAACACUGAGGGCUGCAACACAGAAAGCCAAUCUACACCUCAAGUAGACGUUCCUAAUAAUGUUAUCCAGGACUGCAGACAGGAAAUGGACGUUGAUCCAGCUUUUUCGAAGUCAACUGCAAAAGCAUGUGAUAACGGUGUUAAACAGUCAGAUGUAAAAGCUUUUCCGCUUGAUGCGUUGUCUUUAACUCCACUGCCAGGGGAAACACUUGAUAAUUAUCAGAAAGAUCAGGAAAGUUCUAAAGUUGUUUCAGAAUCUGUGGGAAAUAAUUGUCAGCAGGCUAUUGCAGUGAGCACUGACAGUGAUGCUGGCAAAAAGGAAAGUGCAUUAUGCUAUGCAGCUGUUCCAGAAUCUCAUGAACUGACGUCUGUGAUGGGUAAUGGUAAUUCUACUGCUGAUAAGCCUCCUCCUAAUGUACCCGAUGUUGUCAAAACUACUGUGGUUGCUCUUGAUCCAGAUGAAAAAGAUUGCAAUAAGGGGCCAUUGAGUAAGAAUGUUGAAGCUGCAGAGCCCAAGGGUAGGCUGGUUGGCAAUGCAGCGUCUGGUUCCCAGUUACCCAAAGGAAAUGGUGCCUCUGAAAGUGAGACAGUUCUUACCUUUGAGUCCAGUUCAUUGGUAGAUCUGCCAAAAAGUGAUUCUGGCAAUCCAGUUGCAUCAGCAGCUAAUGCUUCUUCGGUCGUGGAGGGACCCCAAUCAUCUUCGGGCCGAUCCAAAUUGGACGCCAAGAGUGCUCAGGGUAUUUCACACAGUAGCCCUCAGGUGUCUGAGGUAAAAGUUUCACGUGCUCGUUCCAAGGGCACUCCUGAGCGUAAACCUAGGCGUGCUUCUGUCGUAGGAUUGGGGAAAGCGUCGUCUACAAAGGGAAAUUUGAAGAAAUCGGAGAAAGUAGAGAAGUCUAACAGUACACCCAUAAGCAAUCCUGGAGUUUUCCAGCUUGCACUGUCCAAUGAGAUGCAACAUCAUGGACAUGUGGAGUCCAGUGGUGCAAAACCAUUUGUCUUUAUUGGUGCUUCGACUUCAAGCAUUCCAGACUUGAACAAUUCUGCCUCCCCAUCUACAAUGUUUCAACAGCCUUUCACAGACUUGCAGCAAGUUCAAUUGCGUGCUCAGAUUUUUGUUUAUGGAGCUUUGAUUCAAGGUACAGCACCAGAUGAGGCGUACAUGUUGUCUGCAUUUGGAGGAACUGAUGGUGAAACAAACCUUUGGGAGAAUGCCUGGCGUAUGUGUGUAGACAGGUUUCAUGGAAAAAAAUCUCAGCCAGAGACACCAUCGCAAUCACAAUCUGGUAGUAGGGGUACUGAGCAAGCAAAUAAACAAAGUACACUACAAAGUAAAACUAUAUCUGCUUCAGUUAGUCGAGUUAGCAGUAAGAGUACAUCAACUGUGAUAAAUCCUAUGAUCCCUCUUUCCUCACCACUCUGGAGUAUUUCCACACCUUCCAAUGCUCUGCAAUCUAGUAUUAUGCCUCGAAGUCCAGUCAUAGACUAUCCACAAGCACUUACUCCGUUGCAUCCAUAUCAGACUCCUCCUGUCAGGAAUUUUAUUGGUCAUAAUCUUUCAUGGUUUUCUCAGGCUCCAUUCCACAGUACCUGGGUUGCUACUCAGACUUCGACACCUGACUCCAGUGCACGAUUUUCUGGUUUGCCAAUUACUGAGCCAGUUCAUUUAACACCGUUGAAGGAAUCAUCUGUGCCACAAUCCUCUGCCGUGAAGCCCUCUGGUUCUAUGGUUCACGGUGGAACUCCUGGUAAUGUAUUUCCUGGGGCUGCCCCCCUGCUUGAGUUAAAAAAGGCAUCAGCAACCACGGGGCAAAAUUCCACUGAAUCAAAAAUGAGAAGAAGAAAGAAGACUACAGUUUCUGAGGAUCCUGGCCUUAUAACUAUGCAGGUUCAACCUCAUUUAAAACCAGUUUCAGCUGUAGUUACACCUGCAAUUUCUACUCUUGCAACAUCUCCAUCUGUACAUCCUAAGGCAGUUUCUGAGAGUUUGAUUUUAUCAUCUCCUCCACUGUGUCCGACUACUCACCCAAUGACUGCAGAUCAAGAUUUGACAGGGAGAGCUAUGUUUUCAGAGGAAACACUCGGCAAGGUUAGGGAGGCUAAGCAACUGGCUGAGGAUGCUGCACUGUUUGCAUCUGAAGCUGUUAAACACAGUGCAGAAGUGUGGAGUCAAUUGAACAGGCAGAAGAAUUCAGAAUUAGUAUCAGACGUAGAAGCUAAACUAGCUUCAGCAGCUGUUGCUAUAGCAGCAGCUGCUACUGUUGCAAGGGCUGCGGCCGCUGCCGCUAGUGUGGCAUCAAAUGCUGCAUUUCAAGCAAAGUUGAUUGCUGAUGAGGCAUUGACUUCAUCUAGCCAUGAGGUUUCCUGUCCAGGCAAUGCAAUUUCUGUUCAUACUAGUGCUGUUGGUGUAGGGAAGGCCACUCCAGCCUCCAUCUUGAGGGGUGAAGAUGGAGGAAAUGGUUCCAGUUCUAUUAUUGUUGCCGCAAGGGAGGCAGCUAGAAAGAGGGUUGAAGCUGCAUCUGCAGCUUCUAAGCAUGCUGAAAAUGUAGAUGCCAUUGUCAAAGCUGCCGAACUGGCAGCAGCAGCUGUGUCACAAGCUGGAAAGUUAGUUGCUAUGGGCGAUCCUCCUCCCUUGAGUAAGUUAGUGGAAGCUGGUCCAGAGGGUUAUUGGAAAAGUCCUCAAGUAUCUUCUGAGGUGGUUAUGAGAUCAGACGAUAUUAAUGGAGGACGUUCCAAUUCAGCUAUUAAGCGUCAUAGAGAUGGAUUGUCAGGUAAGAAUGAAAUUCAGGUAAGUGCCAGUACCAAGUCAUCUAUUCCUGGAGAAAUUUCUAUGGGCGCUGUUGAGAACCAUCCCAGAUUGGUUGACGGCAUGACAAGUUGUGUAGCACCUCGUGAGAAGGAUCUGGGAGGACAGAAGGACCAAAUUGCUUCUGAUCUGACAAAAACCAUUGGUGUUGUUCCAGAAUCUGAAGUAGGAGAAAGAUCCUCCCAGGAUGAGUGUGAAAAGGCCAAGGAUUCAAGACAAAGUAGCAUCAGGGAAGGUUCCCAUGUUGAGGUUUUUAAGGAUGGGAAUGGAUUAAAAGCAUCUUGGUUCACAGCCGUUGUGCUGAGUUUGAAGGAAGGGCAAGCUUACGUGUCCUACACUGAACUUCAACCUGAAGAAGGGCCAGGUGAACUAAAGGAGUGGGUUGCACUCGAUGGUCAAGGGGGUAUGGCGCCGAGAAUACGAAUUUCUCGUCCUCUGACUACCUUGCAGAAUGAAGGAACAAGGAAGAGACGCCGUGCAGCUACUGGGGACUAUAUCUGGUCGGUUGGAGACAAAGUUGAUGCUUGGAUGCAGAAUAGCUGGCAUGAAGGAGUGGUCGUUGAGAAGGACGCAAAAGAGGAAGCAACAUAUAUUGUCCGCUUUCCAGAUCGAGGUGAAACGUCCACUAUCAAAGCUUGGAAUCUCCGACCAUCUCUUAUAUGGAAAGAUGGGGAAUGGUUUGAGUUGUCUGGCUCAUAUGCAAAUGAUUAUUCUCAUGAGAUUGUUGUACCUCAGGAAAAACGUAUGAAGUUGGGCAGUCCAGCUGUAGAGGUUAAAAGGAAGGAUAAAAUGCCAACGAUUGUGGAGGAUGUCGAGUUGGCGAAACCAGCGGACCAGAGUUCGCUUUUUUUAUCAGCAAAUGAGAAAGUAUUCAAUAUUGGUAGGAAUAUUCAAACUGAGAACAAGUCUAAUCCAUUAAAAACCGGUUGGACUGGUCUACAGAAGGGCACAUCGAGAGUGGUUAUUGGUGUUCCCAAGCCUGGAAAAAAGAGAAAAUUUAUGGAAGUGAGCAAACAUUAUGAUGCAGACACUCGAACUACUAAAGCAAAUGAUUCAACUAAGUUGGCUAAGUAUUUGAUGCCGCAAGGAUCUACAUCCAAAGGAUUAAAAAGAACUUCAAAAUAUGAAACGAAGGAAAAAUCUGCAAACGCUGUUAAACCCAUGGCUGUGAAGUCCGGAAAGCAACCAAGUAUGUCAGAUCAUGCAGUUAUUACCAAGGAUUCUGAAAGCCAGAACGAGAGCGCUUCGACGAAGAACAACCAAAUAGAUGUUCCUUCUUUCUGCAGCACUGAAGAAGCACCAGAGGGCUCGGUCGUAUUUCCUCCAGCACACGCUUCCAAGAAAACAUCCUCAUUUCACACGAAGCUGGAACGAGCAAAUAAAGGAAAACUUGCUCCUGCAGUGGGGAAAUUGGCAAAAAUCGAGGAUAAAGAGGUUUUCAAUGGGAAUCCUACCAAACCGAAUUCUAACGUUACUGAGCCACGUAGAUCCAACCGCCGUAUUCAGCCUACCUCUAGAUUAUUAGAGGGACUACAAAGCUCAUUGACAAUCUCGAAGAUUCCUUCUAUUUCACACGAUAAAGGUCAACGAAGCCAGAACAGGAAUGCAUCUAGAGGGAACAAAAUCUAAGCGGGGGCUUAUUGCGAACUUGGGGUUUUAGGCCCGGGAAGAAACAUCCUCUGCAGAUAAUUAAUGUGACUUAACAGUAGUUUUAUUGUUGUAUUUACUAUAUAGAUAAAUGUAGGAAAAAGGGAAACUCUUGCUUCCUUAGUUAUACUUCCUACAAGUUUAGCUUUAGUUGUUCAUAUUGAUUGAAGUUCCCUCACAUUCGUGUUCUCUCAAUCUCUUUCUCCUAUGCCAUAACAGGAUGUAUAUUGAAACUCUUCUUGUAGGUUGGUCUUGAAAUUCAAAAGAAGGUAGUUUGGUUAUC